CGCCGCGACGUCGACUUCAGCCUACGCUUUGCCUCUGCAUCUGUGACCUCGUUCUCGACCAUAGCAUUUCACCUCUCCCUCAUAUCCUUCAAGCUACUGACAAUCUCCUCAAACCGCAGGCAUGGGGCUAGAAGCGACAAUGAUCGUGGUCGACAACAGCGAGAGCAGCAGGAAUGGAGAUUAUGUACCAUCACGAUGGGAAGCCCAAGCCGACGCUGUCAACCUCAUCUUCUCCGCGAAGACCAACGCGAACCCCGAAUCCUCCGUUGGACUUAUGAGCAUGGGCGGAAGCCAACCCGAGAUCCUCACGACACUGACGACGGAUGUGGGCAAGAUCCUUGAUGGUCUCCACAGGACGAAGAUAAAAGGAAACUCUCACUUCUCUAUUGGAAUCAACGUGGCGGCGCUUGCCCUAAAGCACCGACAAAAUAAAUCCCAGAAACAACGCAUCAUCGUCUUCACCUGCAGUCCCAUCGACGAAGACGAGAAGUCGCUCAUCAAGCUAUCCAAGCGCAUGAAGAAGAACGGCAUCAGCAUUGACCUAAUCGCAUUCGGAGAGCUCGGAGAAGACAACACCAAGAAGCUCGAGGCGUUCAGCGAGAACUGCCAAAGCGCCGAAGGAUCCCACCUCGCGGUUAUUCAACCUAGCUCCAAUCUCCUUAGCGACUCCAUCAUUACAACACCGAUACUGGCUGCGGAGGGCGUUGGUGGAGGUGCAGGAUCAGGAGGCGCAGCUGGCGAGGGUGGAGAGAGCGGCGGUAACAGCUUUGAGUUUGGCGUAGAUCCUUCAAUGGACCCCGAGCUUGCGUUGGCGUUGCGGAUGAGUUUCGAGGAGGAGAAAGCCAGACAGGAGCGGGAGAAGAAGGCAAAGGAAGCUGCAGAGGGAAAGACAGAGCUGGAGAACAUUCCGGAAGGAGAUGAAAAGCAGCCGCUGCUCGACAAGGACGACGAGCCGAGCGGGAGUGGCAGUGGUAGCAAGGGGGCCGACAAGAAGGACAAGGGAGAUGACUCAGACAAGAUGGAUACAGCAUGAUCGUGGCGUUGGUGGGCUCUUGUGCGUGCAUAGGCGACAUAGAGGCAUCGGCGUUUGCUGUACAUUAAGUUCCUCAUGGUAGGCGCUCAGUCAUCACAUAAUGAAGAAAUGUGAGCUUUGAAUCCUUCAUGUCCAGCCUUUAGAAUUGAUCUUCCAAGAAUCUGUCCUAUGCACUCCCAUCUAGCCGCAACCCUCCUACAUGGGUGUUGAGACUUAUGAAAUGUGAACUCUAAACCGACCCGGUCAAAAUACCAGUCCCCAACGCCGAUGGACACCCGUGGACCACUUGAACCCCAAGAUUCAGCCCCACAGCAAUGUUGAUAUGCCUACUGCCAAAGCUCUCAUGUCAGAGAGUCCACCCGAAACCUCCGCUUCCUCAUCAACAUCCUAUACUCUUCGCCGUCAUCGCAGAGGACCAUCUGGCACUCCCUAUUCUCAAAGUCCUCGCCGUUGAUAACCUGUUAUGUUCCGGUCCUUUAGCUCCCAG